AUGAAAAUAUAUUUCUUCACUAUUUUACCAUUUUUAUUUGUUUAUGUUGGUAGCUUUGGUAUUGGAAUACAACAGUCAGCAGGUGUUAAAGGCACUUUAUUAUGCAAUGGAAAGCCAUAUGCAAAUGUGAAAGUAAAAUUAUAUGAUGAUGAUAUGGGUAUUGAUACAGAUGAUUUUAUGUCAGAAGGAAAAAGUGAUUCUUUGGGUAGAUUUGCUGUAGCAGGAUACGCAUAUGAAUUCGGUACCAUUGACCCAAAAAUAAAUAUUUAUCAUGAUUGUAAUGAUGAAAUUAUGCCGUGUCAAAGAAAAAUUACAGUCUUUAUUCCAAAAAAAUAUGUUUCAAAAGGUGAAACACCAGAAUCAUACUAUGAUGCAGGAAAUAUAGAACUUGCUGGAGAAUUUAAAGGUGAAGAAAGAGAUUGUAUACAUUAA